AGUUCUAACCCCUUCAGCAUCUUUGGAGGAUCAAAUCAGAACGCCGGAGGAUCGAGCUCGAUGUUUGGAGGAAGCAUGCCGCAAGGCUCGUCAGCGCCAGGCGGUUUCGGUUCAGGUGGACUGACCGGGCAGUCCAGUGGACUUGGAGGAUCGAGCCUCUUCGGAGGAAGCUCCACAGGACUGUUUGGAGGUCAGCAGGGACAGCAGAACCCUCCUCAGCAGUCUUCAGGUCUCUUUGGCUCCUUGAACAACCCUGUACAACAGACUCAACAGGACAAACCCUCGUUCUUCAGCAACUUGCCGGGGUCGUCAGGGUCCAUCUUCGGAAAUCUUGGAGGGAGCUCUCUUUUUGGCAACGAGGCCAACAACUCCCAGCCCUCCCAGCCCUCCUUGUUUGGUGGACCGAUGGGAAGCGGAGGGUCUACGUUCGGAGGAGCAUCCAACUCUGCACCGCAGGCUUCUUCGCUCUUUGGCAACCCGAGCCAGCCGCCUUCGCUACAACCGAGCUCGCUCUUUGACCCAUCGAGGAACUCUUUCACCAUGGGAUCAUCUAAUCCUCAAAGUUCUGUCUUCUCACCCAACGCGCAAGCUCCUCCUGUGAGCGGACUGAAUCAAGGCGCUACGGGCUUCCUUGGCCAACAGAGUCAGAAUCAGAUGGGGCAACUGCCAGCAUCGCAAGUCAACGCAGAGUUGCUGCGGGCCAAAGAGAGCAUUGCGCAUCUGGAACGAGCCCUGGGGAGCAUCAAUGCUCCUAGUGCUACAGCAGGAGCUCCCAGAGACCUUCCGCUACCUCCUGGUUGGGCGAAACAAUGGGACCUGAACCGCCAGGCGUUCUUCUACAUCAACUGCAACAACAACCCCCCGACAGUUCAGUGGGAGCCUCCUCCUCCUCCUAUCAACCCCAUGCCCAGUGACAGCAACAGCAACGGGACUCCCCUUGGCCCCUUGUACAGCUUCUUGAAUCGCCUGUGGGGCUCCAGCCCUCCCGUGAGCUCGGAAGUCCGGCCUGCCAACCCGUUUGCCACCUCUGUCGUCCCUGCCGUCGAUGGCGUUCGACCCACGUGGAACAGCCCGGGAGACAUCGCAGUCAUCCGGCUGCUGGUGAGCGCGUUCGCAGGAGCGGCAGGCUCCAUCUUCAGCAUCGGCCAGCUGCUCAUCUUCGUGUUCGAGUGCAUCGCUCGCAUUAUGGCGAAGCGCGGAGCUCCUCUGAUCGCAUCGGCUGUCAAGGGCCUGCUGGAGGGCCCUGCUGCAGGGAACCAGCUCUCCUCCUAUGUCCGCAACAUGCGGUUCGGGUCGGGGCCGCGAGGAGGAACUCGACCUGGAGCAGAGCAGCUGCUGGAGCCCGGGAGGUUUCUCUUCAUCUGUGGUGGGAGAAGGGACAUGGACAACGCGACGACAGCCAACACCAUCAUCUACGACAGGAUGUCAGGCAAUUGGGAAGCAGGGCCUGACAUGAUCCGCCCGAGAGUCUCGGCUCGAGCAGCGGUCCUCAAUGGCGAACUGUAUGUGGUGGGGGGCUGGGAUGGGCGAAGCGUCCUCUCCUCGGUUGAGCGACUCGACGUCUCGCUCGGACGAUGGGUGCGCGUUGCCGACCUGAGGAUUCCUCGUGCCAGCCCAGCUCUUGCCGUUCUGGAUGGGUUCCUCUACGUGAUGGGAGGAUUUGACGGACAAGAUUGGCUGCGUCAGGUUGAGAGGUAUGAUGCCGCGAAAGAUGAAUGGGAGGAAGUGGCGAGUCUUUCAGCACCGAGAUCUGCGUUUGGGGCGUGCGCCCUCAAUGGUUCUAUCUAUGCUGUCGGAGGAUCGGAUGGACAGAUGUCUCAGAGGAGUGUAGAGAAGUACAAUCCCUGGGAGGAUAGAUGGGUUCCCGUUGCUGGCAUGACAACGCGAAGGGAGAACUUGGGAGUUGCCGUAGUCAACGGGCAGAUGUUCGCUGCUGGUGGCUUCGAUUCCAUGUGGGCGGAAUGGUUGAGAACUUCGGAGAGGUACGAUGCUUCAGCUUGUGCCUGGGUGUCUGCGCCAGACCUCAAGAGCCCUCGCCGCAACUGCAUCCUCCUCACCUUCAAUGGCGAGCUCCUGGCUAUCGGCGGGAAUGAUGGCAAGGAUCAGGUCAAGGAUGUGGAACGACUCAUCUUGGAUGGCUCGAGCAUGGAAGGCUGUUGGAGGUCGCAGCCGGACUUGAGGAGCAUCGACCUGCUGUCAAGCCCUGUCCUCCCCUUGCCCAGAAAUUUAUGUUUGCGAGGAGGUGUAGCAGCAAGCAACAAGUCCAAGGCAGAAGGCCCAGCACAGACGAGAAAACGAAGGCGAUCUCUGCUCUAUGAGCGCAGCACUCAAAUCUCCCAGCCCCUUCGCAAGGGGUUUCAGCAUCUCAAUGGGCUGCCUGCUGAACUCUACGAGCUCAUUUCCUCUAGAGUACCACACAAGGUCUACGGCCUCAUGAAAAAGAUUUCUGUGUUUGCCGAGGAGCUGAUGAAAAUGUCCACCCCUCAGUCGCUUUACAAGCUCCUCAAAUAUGUGCAGCGACUCGCCGUGAGCUUCCUCCGGUUCCUCUCGACAUCCGUCCGCAACCCUGCCCUACUGCUCAAGAGGAUCGACGCGAUGCUCCACAAGCUUCAGGAUGCUGUCUGGCGAAUCAUCCUCGAGUUGUACGACUCAGGAAAUCUCUUGAUUGCGAAGUUUGUCUCCUUCCUCGUCGCAUUCCGGGACCUCAUGGUUUCCUAUCCCCGACACCUCGGACUCUUUGCCUACAGCACAACCAUGGCCAUGAUCACGGCACAGGGCCGGUGGAAGACAGUCCAGCUGUACUCGGAGCUCCUUGCUCAGAACCUCGUCAAGGCUGCCGCAAUGCCCAUGCAGCUUGUGAACGCUGCCAUCCUCUACCUCCGCCGAGAGGUUCCUCGAGGUUCGCCUCCUACUCCUUUCUCUCCUCUCACCUCCUCCCCCCUUCUCUCAUGGUUCGCCUGA